UGGACUCAGCGAGGACGGCGGGGAAGAACCAGAAGUUCUACGUCUUAACAUGUGUUCACUCUGAAUGUGUCUCUCAUCCACAUUUAAUUGGAGACUGUGCUCUUGUAUGGUGCGCUGACAGAGAAAGUUAUUAUCAAACCCACUGGAUCUUUUGAUGUUGGCGUGUGUUGCGCAUCAAGAUGUUUGCCGUUCAUCUCGUUUCAUUCUUCUUCUCCAAACUCCAGGAGGACCCCACCAAGAAGGUGGACAGGUUUCUGUACGCCAUGCGUCUCCAUGACGACCAGCUGAAAGACAUCUCGGCCCGUUUCCAGGCUGAGAUGAAGAAGGGCCUCUCAGCAGAGAGCAACGCUGCAGCAGCCGUGAAGAUGCUGCCCACGCAUGUCCGCUCCACUCCUGAUGGAACAGAGAAAGGACAGUUCCUGGCGUUGGAUCUUGGAGGCUCCAAGUUUAAGGUGCUCCAAGUUAAAGUGAGAGAGGGCAUGGGGAUACGGAGGGGAGGAGUUGAGAUGGAGGAGAAGAUCUACCCGAUACCAAAGGAGCUACUCAGUGGGAGAGGAACAGAGCUAUUUGACCAUGUGUCAGAGUCUCUGAAGGACUUCAUGCAUGAGAAGAACAUCAGCCUGGAGAAGAAACAUCCUCUGGCCUUCACUUUCUCUUUUCCCUGCGAACAGUCCAAACUGGAUCAGGGAUUAUUGGUAAACUGGAGUAAAAACUACCGGGUUCGAGGCCUUCAGGGUAAAGAUGUGGUCAAAACCCUUAGAGAAGCUAUUGACAGGACUGGGGGUAUGAGCGUGGAGGUGUUAGCCAUGGUCAACGACACUGUAGCCACCAUGAUGACCUGCGGGUUUGAUGACCAGUACUGCGACGUGGGACUCAUCAUUGGUACCGGCACCAAUGCGUGCUACAUGGAGGGCCUGCGUAACGUUGACCUGGUGGAGGGAGACGAGGGCAGGAUGUGCAUAAACACUGAGUGGGGGGGCUUUGGAGACGACGGGGCUCUGAACGAUUACAUCACUGAGUUUGACAGAGAAGUGGACGCAGCCUCCAACAACCCCGGAAAGCAAAUCUUUGAGAAGAUGGUCAGUGGGAUGUAUCUGGGAGAGUUAGUGAGGCUGGUUGUGUUAAAGAUGGCUAAACGUGGAAAGCUGUUUGAUGGGCAGGUGUCUGAUGCCCUGAGGACUACAGGGAAGAUUACCACUGCGCAUGUUGCAGCCAUGGAGCAGUACAAAACGGGUCUCAAGAACACCAGAGACAUCCUCACAGAGCUCGACUUGAACCCGUCACCCGACGACUGCGUUGCCGUUCAGCACAUCAGCACCAUAGUGUCCUUCAGGUCCUCAAACCUGGUGGCUGCAGGACUGGCAGCCAUCUUGAGUCGAAUUAAGCAGAACCGUAACUUGAGGACGCUGAGGAUCACGGUGGGCGUGGAUGGAACUGUGUACAAGACGCACCCACAGUAUCCUAAACGUCUCCAUAAAGUCGUGCGCCGGUUGCUUCCUGAGUGCCAUGUCAGGUUUGUCCUGUCAGACAGUGGCAGCAGCAAAGGAGCUGCUUUGGUGUCAGCAGUCGCCCAACGACUGGCAUCACUAAGACGACAGGUGGAUGAGACGCUGUGUCCCUUCAAACUGAGUCAGGAGCAGCUGCAGCUGGUCAAGGCCAGGAUGAGGGCGGGGCUGGAGGCUGGGCUGAAGACUAAAGGCUCCUCUGCCAUCAAGAUGCUGCCGUCUUUUGUGUACCGUACACCUGAUGGCACAGAGCAUGGAAAGUACCUUGCUUUGGAUCUGGGAGGAACAAACUUCAGAGCGAUGAUGGUGAACUUUAAAAGACAGAACGCUCGACUUUACCAUAAGAUCUACACAAUACCUCUGGAGAUAAUGCAGGGAACUGGAGAAGAGUUGUUUGAUCAUAUAGCACAGUGUGUUAGUGACUUCCUGGACUACAUGGGGAUGAAGAACGCUCGUCUUCCUGCAGGCUUCACCUUCUCUUUCCCCUGCGAGCAGACCGCUAUUGACACGGGCACAUUGGUGAGCUGGACCAAAGGCUACAAGGCCACAGACUGUGAGGGACAUGAUGUUGUUAGCAUGCUGAGGGAGGCCAUCAAGAGACGCAACGAGUUUGACUUGGACAUAGUAGCAGUCGUCAAUGACACAGUUGGGACCAUGAUGAGCUGUGCCUAUGAGGACCCUCAGUGUGAAAUUGGACUGAUUGCUGGAACUGGCACUAAUGUUUGUUACAUGGAGGAUGUGAAGAACAUUGAGAAGACUAAAGAAAUCAUUGGAAAGCCUGAAAAAGAAGAACGAGAGGAAGAUAAGCAGGAUGAUACGACUGAAAGAAAGAAAAAGGAGGUCGAUGCUGAGCUUUCAAAGAUGUGUAUAAACACAGAGUGGGGAGGUCUGGGUGAUGACGGCUCUCUGGAUGACAUCAUCACACCAUAUGACAUGGAGGUGAACCAAAACUCGAUCAAUCCCGGAAGACAAAGGUUUGAAAAGCUGACCAGUGGGAUGUACUUAGGAGAAAUUGUCCGUCAGGUGUUGUUGGACUUGACCCGAGGAGGUUUGCUGUUCAGAGGCCACGUCACUGAAACGUUAAAAACACCUGGAAUAUUCGAAACCAAAUACCUGUCACAAAUAGAGAGUGACCGGCUGGCUCUACUGCAGGUCAGAGCUAUUCUCCAACAGCUGGGGCUGGAAGGCACCUGCGAUGACAGCAUCAUUGUCAAAGAGGUAUGUGGGGCAGUGUCACGUCGUGCAGCUCAGCUGUGUGGGGCAGGAAUGGCGGCCGUGGUCGAUAAGAUCAGAGAGAACCGAGGACUGGACCAUCUGAACAUCACUGUAGGGGUGGACGGGGCUCUCUACAAACUGCAUCCACAUUUCUCUCGAGUGCUCAAAGACACUGCCAGAGCUUUGGCUCCUCAGUGUAACGUGACCUUCCUGCCAUCAGAGGAAGGCAGUGGGAAGGGUGCUGCCCUCAUCUCAGCUGUAGCCAGACAGAUGCAUGGCUGAAAAAAGAGGAUUUACCAUUGUUCAUUUUCACUUUCCUCAUGGUUUGGAAUUGCAAGUGUCGUCUUUUGGUCCCAGAAGAGCUGCAGACCACCAUGCGUCACCUCAGAGACAAAUGGAGUCACCAAAAGCUCCUUCACCUGACAACAUGGAGCUUCACCUAACUGGAAUUCCAAAUACAAAUUUACAGUUUACAUCGUUUUUACUGCAUGAUUCCCAGCAGGCUUCACAACCAUAAACACAGCCAUUUGUGUGACUGCUACCAAGGGAUUCAUUUCUGGUUUCCAGUAACAUUGUAGAGCUGGAUUCCAAUUAAUCGAACUACUCUGUUUGUCCUGUGAAAAGCCUUUCUUUUAUUAUUGGCUCUGUGUUGGAGACGACUUUCAAAAUCUAUAAAUAAAUGUCAAGCAAAAAUAUUUUUGUUCUUGACCCAGUUGUGAUUCUCGUGGGUCUUUCAAAAAUCAAAGCCUUUUCAAUAAUUACUGACUCUGUUGUAGGAAAAAGUGUUAUACCCACAGCUGCACCAGUGUUAGCCGUGCACUGAUUACACUAUCUGCUCUUGAUAUCCGUGCUGAGCUGCUGGUUCUGGGAAAAAAGGGAGGGAAAAAAAAGAACACUGCAAACUGCACAAGGUCAGAACUUCAUGUGAAACCGAACAAGAAGGCUAUUCUAACUGUUCAAUCCAGUUUAGAUGUCAGACAGUGAUUAUACUGUACAUGAUGCUGUGCAUGAUGAUGAUGAUGAUGAUGAUAAGAACAGGACAGUCCCUUACACUCAAACAUGGCCUCCUCUGUGAUCCCAUUUGCUGACUGUUUGUCUUAAUUAUGUUUCAUCCUUUCUUUUGUUUUUACAAUGUUUACUAAAGGGUCCAAAUGGAUGUAAAUAUCUAGGUAGUGUAAUUAUUAAAGAUAAAAGUUGCACAUUUGUA